UGAGCAGUCAGCCCUUCCCCAGCCCGCGCAUUCAUGGCCCUCUGGUGAUCUGGGGGACCGGAAUCUGCUUUUCUUUGGAAACCCAGCCCCCGGAACCACCGUUUGAGCUGCUGCAGUCUUCUUUUCCCUGCCAGGAGGAAGCAGCCGGGGCAGCAAAGAGAAGAUGGAGCCAGAGUCCCUCUACAACCUGCUGCAGCCCGUGAAGGCCGUGGAGCCCCCAGCUGAGGAGGAUCUCCCCAACAGAGAAAAGAGGAAACACUUGCCAGCUACCUCCCGGAAGGACACCAAGUUUGAAGAACUGCAAAAGGUGCUGGUGGAGUGGGUCAACACAAUGCUCUUGCCUGAGCACAUCGUGGUCCGCAGCCUGGAGGAGGACAUGUUCGACGGGCUCAUCCUGCACCACCUCUUCCAGAAGCUGACGUCACUCCAGCUGGAAGUGGAGGAGAUCGCUUUGACGGCUGCCAGCCAGAGAUGCAAGCUCGCGGUGGUCCUGGAGGCCAUGAACCAGAGUCUGCAAGUGGAGACGCACCAGGUCCCGUGGAGUGUGGAGACUAUCUUCAACAAGGACCUGCUGGCUACCUUGCAUCUCCUGGUAGCCCUGGCCAGGCGCUUCCAGCCCAGCCUGCCCCUCCCAGCCAACGUCCAGGUGGAGGUGAUCACCAUCGAGAGCACCAAGAGUGGCCUGAAGUCGGAGAAAUCGGUGGAACAACUCACUGAAUGCAACACAGACAAGGACCAAUCUCCAAAGGACGUCUUUGAUGAAUUAUUUAAGCUGGCUCCGGAGAAAGUGAGCGCCGUGAAACAGGCCAUUGUGACCUUUGUCAACCAGAAGCUGGACCGCCUGGGCCUGUCCGUGCAGAGCCUGGACACCCAGUUUGCAGAUGGGGUCAUCUUACUCUUGCUGAUUGGACAGCUGGGAGGCUUCUUCCUGCACCUGAAGGAAUUCUACCUAACUCCCAGCUCUCCUGCGGAAAUGCUACACAAUGUCACCCUGGCCCUGGAGCUGCUGAAGGAUGAAGGCUUGCUCAACUAUCCCAUCAACCCUGAAGACAUUGUGAACAAGGAUGAAAAGAGCACGCUGCGAGUGCUCUACAACCUGUUUCACAGGCACAAGCUAAAAGAGAGCGCAGAUGGGAUGCCCCGAGGAGCCCCGAAUUAACCGUCAGGCUUCAGAGAGCAGCUCCCUGGAGCCUGGAUGCCAGGCCCAGCUUGGGUGCCCAUGGUCCACCUGCCCUCAGGCCUCCUGUCUCCUCCGUCAUGUCUGCCACACACCUCUUCCCCAUCGCUGACUCCUGUUUCCAUUGAACCCACUGGAUUUGGAUCUGUUUUGAGCCAACUUUUGGCCUUACUCAGCUUAUUUUAACAAGUGCAUUUCUGGGAGGAGUUUUGGUCAUAAAUCUGCAUAAACAUGAGCUAAUCCCCUCAGGCCCCUGGUUCCUCUUCAGCUUCUCCUUCCUCGUGGGGCUGGACCUGGAAGCUGCUCAGCCGCUCCUCCUGGGCCCAGGCAGCCGAGGAACCUCGAGGCUGACCUCACUAGAGGCUUUGGAUGUGGCUUUGGGGAGCAGGACGGGGCUCUUGGCUGUCAGAGCUAGUGGCCAAGACCCUGGCCUCCCCACCUCAGCUGACUGCAGCCCACUUGCCUCUCACUUGGGGUGCUAGGCCCCAGAAACACCACCCAGAGGCAGGGGCUCCAUCUGGCUCCAAAAUCAAGCCCCCAAGUGAUUCAGUGACUUCCCAAAGGAGCUGUGGCCCAGGCCAGCCUCCAGGGCUGUGAUCAGGACUUUUUCCUCCAAAGCCACAACAAAGGGACUUUUGUGGUUGAUUAGUGGUUGGCUAGUGCUUUCCAGCAUCUCCCAGGCUGUCUCCGAGAGUCACGUCUUGCUCCCUAGUGAGACGUGGCAUUUUCUGUACACAUUUUCCAAAUGAAAAGUGAGCUGUAGGCCCCUUGAAUGUGGUCACUCAGGACUGAUUUCCAGAUGGAAGCAGAGCUGCCUAGGACCUGGUGUUUGAUAGGAACCAGGCAGGAGGGGGCUGGGGAGCAGAGGUGGGAUCCCUGGGAGGGCAAGGCUGGUGCCUGCUGUCUGUUACUCCACCCAGGCUCCUCUCCACCCUCCACCUCCAACUGAUCCCGUGAUGGCUAGAACACAGUUUGGGGUUGGCACUGUUUGUGAGCCUGGCUUUGGGGAGUGGCCUUGGAGAGGGUCCUGGGUGGGCCAGGCCAUCUCUGCCCAACCAGCCGUGGAGAUUGGGAGGACGCCUAGCAGGGAGCGAUGUCUGGAGCCUGGGGAUCCGGCAUUAGGUCCACCCUUGCAAUUGACAUUUGAAGGAGAGGAGAUUUGGACUGGCUUCCCUCCUCCCUGCCUGCCUCCUCCCCUCUCCUCCUGAUUCACAGGGCAAACCUAAGCAUUGAGGUAGGCAUUGGGUAAGCCCUAUGUUAGCCAUUUUGGACUAGCAUCUUUUGGCCUGUACCAACACCCACUCCUGACAGAUUUUUCUCUUCUAUUGGCCCGCCUGUCUGUCUUUAUGCCCAUACUACACUGUCUUGAUUGGAGUUCCUGGGUGGUACAAACAGCUUAGCACUCAGCUGCUAACCGAAAGGAUGGAGGUUCAGGUCCACCCAGAGGUGUCUUGGAAGAAAGGCCUGGUGAUCUAGUUCUGAAAAAUCAGUCAUCAAAAACCCUAUGGAGCACAAUUCUACACUGACACACGUGGGGGGUUACCAUGAGUCGGCGUCGAUGGCAACCGUUCCCAUUUUAUCUUGUUAUGUUUUAUCCUGUCUUGAUUGUUGGAGAGAUAUAAUAAGUCUUGAAAUCAGAUAAUGUAGGUCCUCCAAUCUUGUCCUUCCCUUUAAAAAUUGUCAUGGCGAUUAUAGGUCCUUUUAAUUUCCAUAUACUUUUUAGAAUCAAUUUGUCAUUUUCUACAGAAGAGCCUCCGGAAAAUGUCCCUCCUCCUAUCCCAGGCAUGCCCUCCCUGUGCCUGGAGCCUGGCUUCUUUCACCUGCCCAGGUACCUCCUGCCGUCAGGAUGCUCCUUCUCACUUCUCAUCUCCCUCUCCUAGUUCCUUCUUGUGGGCAUUUAAACAGGCGCAGGAUCCUGCACUCUUCAACAGUCCCCAAGUCCUCAUAUCUUCAACUUCACUGUCACCCUGCUCACACCCAGACUCCGUGUAAAGGACCUCUGCUUACCCCCUUAGGAAGGCUGGCCUCUGCCCCCCACCACUGCACGCCUUCUCCCUCGCUCAGUUUGACAGCAGAUUAAAAACAUUUUUUUAAAUUAAAUUUUUAGUGUCAGCUUUAUUGAGGAAUAAUUUACAAACAGCAAAAUUUACCCAUUUCAACUGUACAAUUCAAUGAGUUUUGAAAAACGCAUACAUCAUGUAAUUCCCAUCACAAUCAUGAUAUUGAACAUUUCCAUCACCUCCUAGCAACCUGGCCCUGGCAACUGCUGGUGUGCUUUCUAUCACCAUAGCUUUGCCUUUUCUAGAAUUUCUCAUAAUUUUGUCAUACGCUAUGAAGACUUUUGUGUCUGGUUUCUUUCCCUUAGCUUGAUGUGAUUGAUAUUCAUUCACAUUGUUCCUGGUAUCAGUAAUCCAUUCCUUUUUAUUUCCGAGUAGAACAUACUUGUAUGAAUACACUGUAAUUUGCUUAUGCAUUCCUCACUGGGUGGACUUUUGGUUUCUUUCCAAUUUUUAGUUUUUAUGAACAAUGUUGCUAUGGACAUUCAUAAUCAAGUCUUUGUGUGGACAUAUGUUUUCAUUUUUCUUGGGUAAAUAUCUAGGAGUGAAAUGGCUGGGUCAGAUGAUAAGUUAUGUUUCACUUUAUAAGAAACUGCCAAACUUUUGUUUUCCAAAGUGAACAUAUCAUUUUGUAUUCCUGCCAUUAAUGUAUGAGAGUUCCAGUUGCUUCACAU